GUCAUAAGAACUGCAAGUUAUUCAUCACCCACGGUGGAGUACAAAGCACCACUGAGUCCAUCUACCACGGGGUACCCAUGUUGGCCAUUCCCGUUUUUGGCGACCAGCAGGGGAACUCACUACGUGCACAGUAUAGAGGCAUAGCUAUACAAGUACCGUACUUCGACUUGACGCACGAGGCGUUUGGCAGUGCUCUACAUAAGCUCCUCAUCGACCCGAC